AGAUAUAGACCCCUCCAAGCAACAACAACAAAUACCCAAUCUCUCUCUCUCUCUCUCUCUCUCUCUCUCUAGAAGUUCACCCAUUUCUUUGGAGAAAAGCAACGAAUAGCGAGACUCUGUUGGAAAUGGAGUCACACAACUCUUAUGGGACAUCAUGGGCCGACCAGUGGGACUCCGGCCCGGACCCACUGGCACUUCCCGCCGAGCCCAAGAAGGGCGGCGGCGGCGGCGUAGGGAAGAAGGUGGAAGAAGGGCUGGGGAAGACCAAGGCCGUGGCUUCGAGUGGGGUGAGGAAGGUGAAGGAAGGGACCUCCGGAGGGCUGCGUUGGAUCAAAGACAAGUACCACAAGACCACCCUCAAACGCUGAUUUUUUCAAUUGGGUGGACCCCACCACCUAUACAUACAUAUACUUACAGGUGUAGAUGCAUGGUAGAGAUAUAUACACCUCUCUCUCUCUCUCUUUCUCUCUCUCUCUCUGUUUCUGUCUCUCUGUUUUCUUGAAUUUUAGUUUGAUACUGUUUUGACUCUGUUCUGUUUAUUCAUUUGUACAUGUAGAAGAUAGAAACUUUGAAUAAUACUUGUACCAUAUGAUUGUUCUUGUA